UCACCCUAGUAUAAUGAAUUUUCUUCAACUUUGAAUGUAGUGGCCCGCAAUGUGUUUUAAAUGCUUUUCGUUGACCAAGAUGGAAUAUAAAUCAUAGCUGAGGGAAGUUAACCCUUUAAGCCCCAAUAUCCACAUACAAAUUCUCCAAACUGAUCUUUAUACAUUAACAGAAUUUGAUAAAAGAUCAAAGUAUUUUCUCUUAGGUGAUCAUUUUAUUAAUUCUCAUAACCUAAUCUCACGUCAAUGUACGGAUAUCAUUAGGAGAAAUUUGCUGUUGGUCACUAUUGUGACUUAAAGGGUUAAAGGUGAUUUUCAUGAAGCAUUUUUUGUUUUAUUUGAUAAUUAACUAUCAGUUUAAGACAAGUGAACUGAAAAAUGUAGAGAAGUUGGUGGAGCAAACAAUUCAAGCCUUAAUGCCCUGUCAGAAUGGACUGGGAAAGUGCAGUCUUGUACAAUGUACAAUCUGUGAACUUAUAUAUUUGUGGUUCAGGGUGUAGGUGGUCCUUGAAAAUCAAAUGUGUUCCUUGAAAAGUGCUUAAAAAUGGUUGCAAUUUUUUGUAUAAACCUCGCUACAGUCCAUAACUCCCAAAUACCAAUAUGGACACAAUGAGAUAUUGUCCUGCACCUUUUCAGUUCUUUUUUUUUUGUUGCCUAAGUUAAGCUAUUGUGUUUUUAAUAUUUUACAUAAUUUUUUUGGUUAAAAAACAGGAAAUCAAAACGUUCCAAAAUUCCUAAACCUGAGAACACUGAGAGCCCCAAAGAUGGCAAACCAGCUUCUCUUGCUGCGGCUGCAUUAGACAGAAUUGGAAGCAAUAGAGGCAGUCCCCUUACUGUUGCCCUGUACAGUAGUAUGAGCAAGUGAGUUUUUAUGGGAUUAAUCCUUUAUAAUGACAAUGCCGUGAUCAGAAGAGUCUUGUGGAAAUUUUAAGGUGAACUUCUCAAGCUUCUUCAGUCUCAGUUUACAAUGUAAUUAAUAGCACUUCUCAUUGUGUGCUAAAAAUAUCAUAAUAUCAUAUUAUUGGGUAUUUUGGUGUUGUAGGUGAGACUGGGUUGUAGUGUGGCAAACAGGAAAAUUGUAUGAUGAUGUCAUUUUACUACGAAUACCAGAAUCCUUCAUUUUGUUGUUUUCUUUUGCAACUUAGGGCUAUUGUUGUUUAAACCUCAGCAGGAUUGACAAAUCUUAGGAAGGAUAAAGCAAGAACACCGUAAAUUAUGGUAGUUGUAGUCAAAUGUCAUCAUUGUGAAAGUGGCCUAUAGUGCCAAUUCACCAGCAGCUGCAAACUCUUUGCAUCAGUUAAAGUGACUUUGAAAAGCUUUAUUAAAAAGUCACAAUGUUGGAAUUAUAAUAAACAGUAAUAUCUUUUCUAAUUCUAUUUUUAUUUGGAAUCAAAAACAAUAGUGAUGCACUCAAUGAACCGAUUGCAAUGGAGUCACACAUAACUGAACUUACAGAACUCAAAGAACAGGUAAAGUUGACAGUAAAAUCUUUUAUAUGUAGUUAAAGAGACAGCUGGUUCACGGUUGAGCACAUGCUCAUUAAUUAAAUUACUUUUCUAAAAUUUAUUAUUAAUUCUAUUGCUUAAUAAUCUCUUUCACAUGUACAGUGUAUCUCAGAGUGUAUUUCAAAGUAGAAGUGUAUUUCAGAGUAACCUGAAGUAGGAUGGAGGAGUGCUAAAAUUGCAGAAAAAUUAGUGGAUUAUGCCAACACUACCAACGUUGAAUUUAUUGUUGACCUGAAGGUUUUAUUCCACUGUUGAUUAAUUUACAACUAUUUGCACCAAAGUUGAUCAAGUGACUGUCAGGGGAGUGUGCAGAUUGGUUCUUUGACAACAUUAUAACAUUAUCAUAUUGCUUUCAUAGCCAAUACAGCUCAUGUCCCAGGAGAAAAACAGCAUUUUGAUUAACAGGCACGCGCUAAACUGUGAACCUGUCCCUUUAGUAGUGAACAGAACUUGAAUAAUUUAUUCCAGCAUAGUAAAUACAUAUAUGAGCAUACCUUAUUUACAUGAUUGGAUACAUGCGUCUUUGAUUUUAAUAACGUUAUGUCAAAUGCACCUUUUAAAUAACAGACAUCGUACCAUUUAAUCGAAUAUAAUUAUAAUAGGUGUGUGUGGUUUUGCAUAUUUUGAAAGAACAGUAACAAUGAAUUUAGCUUGUCUUUAAGCUUCUUCCUUUAAACCGUAAGUGUGACAGAUAUAUCUUAAUCUAGCCCCAAAACCUAAAGUUUGUUACUAUGCUUCAUAAUGCUUGUCAUGUUGACAUCAUGAUCAAGUAGCAUUGAAAUGGUAAAAACUACAGGAAAGUAAAGUUGUAGAUAAAUCUGAAAUUAAGUGCUGGUGCUUAAUUUGAGGGAUGUCAGUACUGGUUAACAAAAGGUCUUUGCUAUUGAUUAAAGUUUUAUAGAAAAGAAGGUUGUGGGAAAAGAGAAGGCAAUUUACAAUAUUUUUAGGGUGAAACAAAGAGUUGCAAAGGUUCGAGAAACUGUUUUUUAGUUCGAGUGACUUCAUCCACUGACUAGAGGCGAAAUUAAUGGUACUGUCUCAUAAAAUUAAAUCAAUCAUUUUUUUGUUUGUUGAAUACCCAAUGUUUGACCACUGAUACAUUCCUGAGGUGAUCAUUUUCAGCUGUUGUUAAAAGGGAGAAAUACUUAUUCUAAUUAUCAAGGCGGGAGAAUCCAAAUUUAUCAGAUGACAUAUCAAAGAUAUGCGUACUUGGUUACAAUAAUCUGAGAUGCCAUAUUCAUGAAGAAGUGUGCAGUAUUCAUCCACAACCAACUGUCAUUGUUUAGGGUUGAUGUACAGACUAGAACCUCGAUAACUCUAACUUGGAUAACUUCGAACUUCCCAUUAUAAUUAACUUAAACUAAAAAUUGCCUUAAUCUUGAUGAAAAAUUUGCCCUGAAAACUCGAAUUCUGGUUCUUGUGGCUCCACUCUGAUAUUGAAUAUGCAAUUGAUCCCGAUAACCUGAACACGCGCUAACUCAAACUGUUUUUCGUUACCCUUCAGAGUUCAAAUUACCGGGGUUCUACUUUGCAUGUACAUGAGUACAGAGUUCUUUCUGGUUAAUAACCUUUAGCAUGCAUGCUAGUUUGACAAUGACUGUAAUUUUUUUUGUCAUCAGGUUUUGAAUCUAAAGAAACAGUUGCAGCAGAAAGAACAAGCACUGAUUGAAAAGGAGAAAAAGGUACUUACUGUACACUCUUUUUAUGCAAAUAGUACAUGCAUCGAUGCUUGUACAUGAUUGUAGGUAACUAGUACUAUGCAUUGUAUAUUUGAAUGAACUUAGACUUUGUUGAUUGAUUCUGUAGGUUUUCAAAAGUUAUAAUUUGCUAUGAUGAAGCAUUCGAAACAUCAGCCUUAAGUUUGAAUCUUUCAACAGUGGACAACUUGCUUUAUCAACCCAGUUGCGAUACAUGUGCUUCAUGUUGUGAUGGAAACAGCAACACAGUUCCUGUAAAUACUAUAAACCACUUUAUUCAAAUGUCAUUAAUGCCAUUUGUACAUUAGGAAAGUCUUCUUGGAUUUGUUUCACAAGUGCUUUACAGUACAGCUCAGAGAUAAGCAACCAACGGAUCAUACACAAAACACACGCACGUUUUCUGCAUUAACGCAAAAUCGUUAACUAGUUUGAAAGCGCGCUUUUGUCAGUGUGUGGGCAUGUUUAAGUUUGUGACAAAUAUGACUGUAUCACAUGUAGCAGGGAGAAGCUCUCAACAAUGACUGCAUUUUAAUAUCCUACAUUCUAUAAUAAUUGAUUCUUCUUUCUGGCCAUCAUAAAAAAAUGAAUGACAUUUCUUCAGUCAGUACAUUCACAUAGUUCAACUCAAUAGCUACAUUGUACAAUAGAUACAGUAAAACCAUGAUCUUGUUUUGGCACAAACUUGUGCAUAAGUAAUAAUAAUAUAAUCAUUUGACAUCAUUUUCCGUUGCUUUUUGAAAACAAAAUAAAGAUAACAGAACUUAAAGCAGAGCACUGGGAAAAAGAAAAGGAAUUCCGACAAAAGAUAACACAGAUGCAGAAGGAUCAUUCUGAGCGGUUAGAAAGUCUUCAGGUAUGAAAUUUAGUAGUAAGUUGCGGGACCUACAUUGUACUUGAAACUAACUCAAACAAGGGAUUCAGCUAUGACAAUCACAAAUCCUCUCAUUGGCUCCCCAUUUUAUUUUGUUUGCACCUUAAACAAAGAUUUGUAGGGGCAUCAUGUCUAAACCUCUGAAAUUUUUUGUAUCUAAUAGAUUCCCCUCCCUGUUCUUUGAAAAGUCUUUUCUGCGUGUUUACUUUAAUUAUUACAUGUAUGAAAUGAUGAAUAUACGAGUUUCGGAUCAAUUUUAGGUUUCUGGGAAACUGCCCACCUACCCCUCCCCUAACCCAACAUUUUGCCCCAAGUGAGACACAAAAUUAAUGUUAACGUUGAGUUAGGGGAGGGGUAGGUGGGAUGGGCAGUUUCCCCAAAACCUUAAUUGAUCCUGAAUUUCAUAUAUUUGAACUGUGGAAUGAAGAAUGAAUGCAAAGAUGAUCAUUGCGGUUAAAUAUGCAACUUAUGCAGGUGCUAAAGGAAAGCCUGAAUAAAAAAAUCAUGCUUACCAGGAUUUAAUCCUUGAUUUUUGCGAUACCAGUGCAGCACUCGGACCUAACCAAUAGACCAAUUAUGAUAUAUUAACAUUCAUACUUGGCUCAGAAGCUUGGAGGAAUAAAACAAAAGAAAUGAUCUUGAGGCGCAGCAAUGAAUAAUACAUUUUCUUUUGUUUUUUCCCCCCAAGCCUCAAAGCCAAGGAUAAGUUUUAAUAUUUUGGAAUUUGGUCUAUUGAACUAGGAAGCCAAUUGUGAGCUGGUGUAAUAAUCAAUUCAUGUCAUCAUUUCCUUCAGGUGGAGAACAGAAAUCUCAAACGGCAAGUUGCAUCACUUUCAAAAACAGGGAAAGAGAAAGCUCCUGCAAGCUCUGGCUAAUUGCUGGUUAUAAGUCAUGAUUAGUGCUCAACUGUGUACUUUUAGAAAAGUUUUUACUUCCUCUAAUUAGUUAUUUUAAAAUUUUUUACUCAACGAUGUUGUGGGUAAUUCUUACAUCUUUAUAGUUUGUGAAUAAGUAUCGUACAAGCAAUUACUUUUAGGAAUCCAUGUUUCAUAAUUAUAUCAAUCUGUUCAGUAAAUGUUUAGGUAUUUUUAGCCUGUUAAUGCUAUUAAUUUAUUAAAUUUUGAAUGUGGUGGAUCACUCUCAAGAUAGUAGGGAGCUGAACUGAGUAACCAGGCUGGUUAAAUCAGUCUCCAUCCUUUGAAACUUCAUCACCAUUUUCCCAACUUGCUCCAUGCCAAGAUUAGAAGCAUUUUACUGGAGUUGAAUGGAAAAAAGGAAAACUUUUUGUUUUUCACUUCCCCAUUGUAAAACAUUGCAUUUUUUUAACCACUUUUCUUGGCGUACAGUGAGUAGA